AGGAGAGAGAACAGUUACACUCCUGUGAUCUGCAUCUCUAAGUCUGCUCAGUCCAGCCACUGCUACCAUGUCUUACAGCUCUCGCCAGACCAGCGUCACCAGCUCCUACCGAGGUUUGGGUAGUGGCAUCGGUGGUGGAGGAGGAAGGGUCUCCUUCAAAUCUCCAAGUGUCCACGGUGGCUAUGGGGGGCAGGGUGUUUCCGUGUCCUCUGCCCGUUUGGUCUCCUCUGGAUAUGGUGGUGGUCUAGGCAGCGGUUUUGGAGGUGGCUUUAGCUCUGGUGGUGGCUUUAGCUCUGGUGGUGGCUAUAGCUCUGGUGGUGGCUAUGGCUCUGGUGGUGGCUAUGGCAGCAGCUUCAGUGUCAGCACGUCAGGGGAUGGCCUGCUGGCUGGCAAUGAGAAGGAGACCAUGCAGAACCUGAAUGACCGUCUUUCCACCUACCUGGACAAGGUACGCGAUUUGGAGACAGCCAACUCAGACCUGGAGGUGAAGAUCCGGGAGUGGUACGAGAAGCAAGGACCCAGCCCAACCCGUGACUAUGGCCACUACUUUAAGGUCAUUGAGGACCUUAGAGAUAAGAUCCUUGGUGCUACCAUUGACAACUCCAGGAUUGUCCUGCAGGUGGAUAAUGCCAGGCUGGCAGCUGAUGACUUCAGAACUAAGUUUGAGAAUGAGCUUGCUCUUCGCCAGAGCGUGGAAGCCGAUAUCAAUGGGCUGCGUAGAGUGCUGGAUGAGCUAACCCUGGCCAGAGCUGACCUGGAGCUCCAGAUUGAAACCCUGAAGGAGGAACUGGCCUAUCUGAAGAAGAACCAUGAAGAGGAAAUGAACUCAUUACGUGGACAAGUUGGUGGACAAGUUAGUGUUGAAGUAGACUCGGCCCCAGGUACAGAUAUGACAAAGAUUUUGAGUGACAUGAGAGAACAGUAUGAACAUUUGGCUGACAAGAACCGCAAAGAUGCUGAAGCCUGGUUCUUAAGCAAGACAGAGGAAAUAAACACGGAAGUUGCCGUACACACAGAGCAGAUACAGACCAGCAAGACAGAAAUCACAGACCUUAGACGCACACUCCAAGGCUUGGAGAUAGAGCUCCAGUCUCAACUCAGUAUGAAAGCAUCCCUUGAAGGAACCCUCUCAGAAACAGAACAACGGUAUGGUGCACAAUUGGCACAAAUACAGGCGCGCAUUAGCAAUUUAGAGGCACAACUCACCGACCUGCGGUCAGACAUGGAACGUCAGAGCUAUGAGUACAAACAGCUCCUAGACAUUAAAACGCGUCUUGAACAGGAAAUUACAAUAUAUCGUCAGCUCCUGGAAGGACAUGAUACACCGUGAGUACUGAGU